CUCAAGCGAUCCUCCCACCUCAGCCUCCCGGGUAGCUGGGACUACAGGCACUCGCCAUUGCGCCUGGCUUAGGUCCCAAAUAUAAACGGAUCAAAUUUUUCAGACAAAAUGAGAAACUGCCCAACCACAGGAAAACAACGUGGCAAAGAUUCAAAGUGUAGGCAAAAGCCUGCAGAGAGCAAACAGAGUCCUCAUGGGCCCAAGGAGCAUCCAGAAAAGGCACUUCAAAGAGGGGGGAAAGCAGAGCAUCUGGAGGGAACAGAGUGCCCAGGCAUUUGUGGAAAACACUGCCAAAGGAAAAAGGCCUGGGAGUGCAGCCCCAAGCCAGCUGGAACAGCCUCACGUGGUGCAGAGGCCUGAGAAGUUAGUGCGAGAAGUUAGUCUACACCAAGCCUUCGUUCACCCAAGAGCUAAGACAGCGGUCUCCUCUUUGCUGAUACCCUUCUCCAUGGGCGAGCCUUCCGCCUCCACCCCUGCAAAAGCCCUACCAGAGGUCAGAAACACAUCGAAAGACUUAACCCACACCAUUUUGUUUUCAGAAAAUGCAAAGGCUAGAGUUAAAAAUAUGAAGGCUGCUAAACCAUUCAUACAUUCCAGAAAAAAAUACCACUGCUUUCAUAAAACUCGCUCCCAUGUGGUCCACAGAACACCCAAGGCCAAAAAGAGUCGAAAGUUCAGAAAGAAAAGUUCUCUUAACAGGCUGAUGCUCGCGAAGAGGCCUCCAUUUUCUGCAGUGAAGAGCCUCAUAAAUUCCCCUUCAAAAGGGGCUUUUUCAUAUUUAGGAGAGAGUCCUUUUCCAGAAACAUUUGCUCCUUCAGAACAUUCUAUAGAAAACACUAAUGUUAAAAACACCACUGCAGGAAACGCCUUUGAAGGAAACAUUUUUAUGGGAAAGACUGCAAUGCCAGAAGGCACCAUCUCUGAAAACACAAUCUACAAUAAUUCUCCUGAGGCAGAUUCUGCUGGGACUGCAUUCAACUUAGAGCCAACUGUUAAACAAACCAAGGAAACACAAUGGGAAUACAACAACGUGGGCACUGACCUGCUCCCUAAGCCCCAAAACUUCAAUUACCCAUUGCUCUCCUCCCCAGGUGAUCAGAUUGAAAUUCAGCCCCUCAUCCUCAUUUGUCGUGUUAUCCGGAGCUUGAAGGUGGACUGCUCUGAGACCCGUGUGCAAUUAGCCUGUGCUAAGCUCAUCUCCAGGACAGGCCUCCUGAUGAAGCUUCUCAGUGAACAGCAAGAAGUAAAGGUGUCCAAGGCAGAAUGGGAUACGGACCAGUGGAAAACUGAGAACUAUAUCAAUGAGAGCACAGAAGCCCAGAGUGAACAGAAAGUGCAGAAGUCAAGUGAGCUCACUUAGGAAGCUGCAGGAUAUGGCUAUAACAACAAACUCAUCUUGGCAAUAUCUGCAACUUUAUAGUGGACAAUAAUUUUCUGUCAAUAAAUUGAGAUUUAUUCUCACAGAAGGGCAUCAAAGGAAGAUGAAGAAGGAUCCUCAAGGGGCAUUUCCAGAUUUCUGCCACACAGGAGUUACUCAUUGCAAAGUGGCUUUUUCUCAUUAAGAUGGCCGCUCUGGCUUAGGGAUACGUACAGACCUCUCAGUGCCACACGCGUGAAAAACAUGGCACAAAAGCUGCAUGACAAGGAGUCUUUCAAUGAGGACGAGAUCUUCAACAGGGACACUGGGGACAGCGAAGCCCCAACAGAGAAGACCCCAGCCGGAGAGUCUGCUGCUGAGGGGGAAAAGAGUGUGGCCCUGCCAUAGGAGAACACUGAGUGACCCCAGCCCACCUCAGGCCUCCAGCAAAAUACUUAUUUUUCUAUUAUCAAAGAAUAUAACUAAUGCUAGCCAUGCAGUAUGA